ACAUUUCAGCAGCAAUACAAUAAAAUUUGAUUGUAAAAAUGGAUCUGGUUUGGACUUUGUUAACCGGUUUUUUGUACGCUGAAAUCUGCGUGGUACUCUUAUUAGUUUUACCUGUGGCUAGCCCACACAAAUGGAAUCGUUUCUUCAAGUCAACAUUUUUGGCUACCAUAACUCGGCGGUUUUAUCUAUAUUUCUUCCUUAUUAUGGGCGUAUUAGUUUUGUUUCUAUUCGAAGCCAUUCGCGAAAUGCGUAUAUAUUCGAAUUGGGAACAUUCGUCAGACGUUCCCUUAAGCACCAAAAUGCAGCAUAGUAUGCGCUUUUUCAGAGCUCAGCGUAAUAUCUACAUAUCUGGUUUUCUUAUUUUACUAGUAUUGGUUAUACGACGUUUAGUAAGAUUAAUCUCGGUGCAGGCUCAAAGUGAGGCAUCGUUAAAACAAGCACAAUCUGCUUCUGCAAUCAUACGUUCGUUGAUGGAAGACAGAAACACCGAAAAAGUUGAUGAAGCUAAAGAAGAUAUGCUAUUAGGUGUGACCACUAAGCCAAAGGAGCGCAUUCAUGAGUUAGUUGCGGAACUGAAUCGUGAGACGAAGGACAAAGAACACAGAAAUACCGAAAAAGUUGAUGAAGCUAAAGAAGAUAUCACAUUAACUGAGAUCACCAAGAUAAAGGAGCGCAUUCACGAGUUAGAAGAAGAUAGAACGUUAGCUGUAAUCACCAAGAUAAAGGAGCGCAUUCACGAGUUAACUGCGGAACUGAAUCGUGACAAGAAGAACAAGGAAGACAAAAAUAUCGAAAAAGCUGGUGAAGCUAAAGAAGAGAGAACGUUAGCUGUGAUCACCAAGAUAAAGGAACGCAUUCACGUGUUAACUGGGGAACUGAAGCGUGAGCAGAAGGACCAAGAAGCUUUGAAAUCGCAAGCUGCGAGUCUUACCAAGGAAUACGAUCACCUCACGGAGGAAUAUAGCGUACUACAACAACAAAUGAAUAUUAUCGCCAGGCGUGGUGAUAAGGCUAACAGGACAAUCAAUUAAAUCAUAAAAUUGAUCGAGACUUGGAAUAUAAACAGCGCCAAAAGCACAUCCAUUAUUAACCCUUAAAAUUAGAAUU